CGAAGCAUAGGAAGUACCCAGCCUACAAGUCUGAGCAGCUUUAAAAUGCAAUGCUCUCAGGCGAACAGAUGAAGUCUAAAGCUAUGUGCUGGAAAUCUCCUGUGCUAUCUACACACAUCAGGAAGCAAUUCCUACAAUAAAUCUGGAAAAUAUGAACGUGGAGAACGAUACAGAUGAGGGCUGCCAGGAUCACAUCAACAAUAACAGACCACUUUACAUUUUCUACUCGUCUGUGGUUGGCUUGGAGUUUGUUUUCGGUCUCCUUUUGAACAUUACGGUCAUUCAUGUCUUCAUCUUCAAGUUGAAAUUCUGGAAAUCUAAAACCAUUUACAUUUUCUUGUUCAAUCUGGUCUUGGCUGACAUUUUGUUGCUUAUUGGAUUGCCAGUGAAGGCUUAUAACUUUCAACAAUGCAGCGAGAACAAGGUUGUGUGCAAGGUACAGCUCUUCCUGCAGUUUCUCAACCGAGGAGCAAGCAUCGCCUUUCUGACCGUCGUCUCCAUUUAUCGUUAUUUCAGCGUGGUCCAUCCCGAGAAGAGGAAAGUCCUGAGGAUGCUGAAACAUUCGCCUCAGAUUUCCAUCUUUAUCUGGGUGCUUCUGGGGAUUCUGACUAUUCCAGCCAUGAUGCAAAGCUUCAUAAGAUGCCACAGCAAUGAAAAGGAUGAAUUCAGUGCAGUGGUUCUGUUGAGGGAAAUCGUGUUUUACACCCAGAUUUUCAUCCCUUUUUUUGUUCUCGUGUAUUGUUCGAUUGGGAUUAUCAGACGACUUCGGAAUCAGAAGUCGAUUGGAGACAGGACGAAGCUCAAGAGAGCGAUGCUCCUGGUCACGGCUGUCGUUCUUGUUUUUGCCGUUUGCUUUCUGCCGUAUACUUUCACGCGAGCAGUGCAACUACAGCGCAUCGGGCCCGUGAUGUCCGAGGAGAAAGUUGCUGUUGUUAAAUUAUACGACGGUCUUGUUUGUCUGUCGUAUCUGAAUUGCCUGCUAGAUCCAAUCCUGUACUGCUUGAGCAGCACCAAAUUUAAGAAGUUAUACGUGUCGAUUUAUUUUCCCUUUCUGCUGGAGAAAGAGCCAAUGGAAACGUCAGAAGAAAACUCACAAUGAUUGUUUACAAUAUGCCAGAUGAUACAAUUAUUAGUAAGGAUGCUUUGUUAAGACUGCUAAGAAAAGUUUAGUCAAAUGUGUUUUUUGCACUUUUGUUUUUUUUUGUAAAUAAGUAGUUGCUGCAUAAAAUGCACAUAUCUUUUGGAUAAAAUUGUAUAUGUAAUGUAAAAUGUGUAUAUUUUGAAAUAAACAAAUAUUUAGAUUAA